AUGGAGUCGUGGACAGAAAAGGCCCUCGUUGCAGGCUAUCAAUGCGGGCUGGCCUGGAUCGGGUACGACCGGCUCUGGAGGGUGCCCGUUCGGAACGGCUCCUUAUUGGCCAUCGGCCGAGUCAUGAAGACUGGCCGUUUCGCGAAUGGCUCGACCCUGCUGAGGCGCUAUACUGGGGUGCCCGCGCUGGAUCGUCGGCUCGAGACGGCCGUCGUCUUCUACACGGACCUUGUCGAUCCACGCAACGACAGUGCAGAGCGCAACCGGCUGCUGCUCGUCCAGGUCCACUCGACCAUGCAGGCUACCGCCUUCUGCAUGCUGGCCGCCACCCGCCACGGCCCGUCGCCGCGGCCCUUGCAGCUCCUCAUCCCCGCCGCAUGGGGCAUGAUUAACCAGUUCUGGGGAGCCGCCUUCGUCUAUCCGCUGUAUCUCGCCCUCGACGGCGGCUCCGCUGCGACGCCCAUGAAUCACGCCGCCGUGCCCGCGCUGCUCCUCUCCGCCUGCGUCGGCGCCCUGGUUCCACUGGCGCUGCUGUACCCGGCCUACGCGCCCUCGUGCCCGGCCAAGACACGCCAGCGCUCCAUCGCCCUGUACCGGCUCGCACCCAUUGCCUACGUGGUGAUGCAUCUCGGGCUGGAGCACAUGGCUCCCACACUGCUCGGUCCUGCAUCCGUCCCCCCUGCCGCCCCCUACCUCGCCGCCGGUCUGGUGGCUGCAGCGGCCCACCUGUACAGCGUUUCAGCCGCGCUGACUCGCAAUCUGCUGGCCCUGGUGUACUGGCCGGCAGGGCCGAGCCCGUCGACGCGGCCCGCCAACGUCGUGCCCGACGCCGCCCAUCUCUUUCUGUGGUACGACUUGGCCGUCAUUGCUCCGUCGUUUUUCGUCCCCGCUUACACAACCCUUCUCCCCGUUGCUGCCACCCUGCUCGGUGUGGGUCCUAUCGUCUUGGCCCUGCUGUUGCUUGCCGCCACCGUCGUGCUUGGUCCUGCCCCAGUCCUCUGUUUUGCUUACGCUGCCCGGGCAACGGUUUACUGA